CUCCUCCCAGCCCCUCUCUGGCCCCUCAUUGUAUCGCUUGUCGUGUGUUCAUGUCAUCGCACAAAGCGCUGGUCGCUGCUGCUCUUCCGUUCUCCUGAUUUUCCCCUGCAGAGCUUCUGGUUGCGUGGAUCCGUCCUUGCAUCUGGAAACCAACACGACCGUCCAUGACCAUGCUCGCGUUCUUGCGGAGCAAGUACUGCGAAGCGAGGGAGAUUAUCGACGAGAUCCGCCGCACUCAUCCAGGCGAUGUGCCCGCUCCGCGACCGGACGGCUACGAGCCCAUUCCGGAUGCUCCCGACUUGUCCUCCCCUGAGCACACUUCCCAUGGAGUCGCCGAGAUUGAGGCCCUGGCCUCGGUCUGGUCCACCAAGACCCUGUACACGGGAUAUGUCUUGGUCUUCAUCAUUUUCUUCAUCAACUCUCUGCAGCAGCAAACCACCGGCAGCUUGAGUCCAUAUGUGUAUUCCGAAUUCACCGACCACUCGCUCAUCGCCAUGACGAAUGUGCUCACGAGCAUCAUCGGUGGAGUUUCAAAACUGCCGAUCGCCAAGUUAAUCGACAUUCUGGGCCGUCCUGAGGGGUUUGCGGCCAUGGUCGCGCUCUGCACCUUGGGCCUGGUGCUCAUGGCCGCCUGUCGGAAUGUCGAAACCUAUGUCGCUGCACAGAUCAUCUACUGGGUGGGCUAUAACGGGAUGGACUACGUCCUGCACGUCUUCAUGUCCGACACCACCGAGCUCGUGAACCGCGCCUUCGUCUACGGCAUCGCCUCGUUUCCCUACGUGAUCACCACGUUCAUCGGGCCUGCCGCCGCGCAGGUCCUGUACGAGCACAAUGCCCUGUACACCGGAUUCGGGAUCUUCGCCCUUCUGACCCCGGUGGUCACCGCGCCUCUCCUCUGCCUGCUGUGGAGGACACGGACGAAGGCCCGAUCGGCUGGGAUCAUCCAGCCCAAACCGAGGAGCCACUCUCGACUGCGCACCAUCAUCCACUACGCGGUGGAAUUCGAUCCAAUCGGAAUGCUCCUCAUCACCGCCGGCUUCGUGCUGAUCCUCCUCCCACUCACCCUGGCCACCUCCGGCACCAACCUGUGGAGUCCCUCGCUGCUCGCGCGGUGGAUGGCACCGGACCUCAUCGCGAUGAUCGUGCUGGGCGUCUUAUGUGUGGUGGGCUUCGUGUGCUGGGAGCGCUCCGGGGCGCCGGUCUGCUUCGUCCCAUACAGCCGUCUGCGCGACCCGACGCUCCUCGGCGCAUUUCUGCUCGCCUGCGCCAUGUUCAUGAGCUUCUACUGUUGGGACCUCUACUUCUCCUCCUACCUCCAAGUCGUCUUCAACACCUCCAUCCGCGACACGGGAUAUAUCUACAACAUCUAUAGCAUUGGCAGCUGCAUGAUCUCGAUUCCGGUUGGAAUAUUAAUCCGCCAUCUCGGCCGCUUCAAAACCCCCGCCCUCGUCGCCAUCCCCCUCUUCAUCCUGGGCACCUUCCUGAUGAUCCCCUUCCGCUCCCCCACCAGCCACAUCUCCGCCGUCAUCGCCUGCGAGAUCCUCAAAGCCCUCGCCGGCGGCACCCUGGUCAUCUGCCAGGAGAUCGCCGGCCUGGCCACCGGCUCCCACGAGACGAUCGCCGUCUCGUUUGCGCUGGUGGGGCUGGGGGCGAAGAUCGGGUGCGCGGUCGGGGCGGCGGUGUCCGGGAUGAUCUGGACGAGUACCGUGCCGGUCUACAUCGAGCGGUACUUGCCCGACUCCAAGAAGAGGCUGGCGGGGGAGCUGUAUGGGUCCAUGGCAAAAGUGCUGGAGUUUGCCCCGGGGACGGAGGAGAGGGAGGCGGUGGUGGCGGCGUAUGGGGUGGCGCAGAAGCGGAUGUUGGUCGUGGGGUUGGCAGUGCUGCCGGUGGCCGUUGGGGGAAUUGCGAUGUGGAGGGAUAUUCGCUUGAAGGGGGAUCAUCGUGGUUCGUGA